AUGAUGGAGUACGCGCAAUAUCAACAACAACCACAGGCGGCACAUUCGCAACCUCACAUACAGGCGGGAUAUCCCAGCUCGGCCGGUGGCAAUAACAUCACCUCACCCUCAAACCCGCACAUCCCGCAACACGGCGUCCAGACCUCGCCAAUCAUUUCCUCACAGCAACACCAGUCCGCAGGAGGUCAAGGCCACAACAUGUAUCAACCUCAAUAUGGCGUACCCCAACAAAGCAUGCACUAUGGCAUGCCCCAGAUCCAGGCAGCGGCCAUGGCUGCGACGGCAGCGGCGUCUGGCUCAGGCUACCAGUACAUGUCCUCAGAUCCAAGCUUGACCCAAGGCUCGCCGAGGAUGUCUGGCGUGAAUGCGAAGAAGGAUGCUAGGGGCCCUCGCUCACCACAACAGAUGAACAGUCUACCCCAGCGACGCCUCAGCCAAGUCGCCAGCCCCGGCGUGCCGAACCCGCAAUCCAUGCUGAGCCAUGGCCGGCCCGCCGUUGCGCCGCCCCCGAUGCCACCCUCUCAGGGGAUGCCGCACCCACAAUCUCCCGAGAUGCAGACUAGCGCGGUUGAGGAAUCGCCCCUCUACGUCAAUGCCAAACAGUUUCACCGCAUCUUGAAAAGAAGGGUGGCGCGACAGCGGCUAGAGGAAGCGCUGCGGCUAACGUCUAAGGGCCGGAAGCCUUAUCUCCACGAGUCGCGACACAACCACGCUAUGCGCCGGCCACGCGGCCCCGGAGGUCGAUUCUUGACUGCCGACGAGGUUGCCCAGAUUGAGCGACAGAAGGGCGUCCAGACCGGUGACACAAAAGAGGAAGCUACGGAAGGAGUUAGCUCCAAGACGGCAUCAGGCGGCACCAAACGGAAGUCGGAGGGUUCCUCAAACGCACCGAACAAGAAGGUGAAGACUGACACGUCAAGCCCGGAAGAGGAUGACGAGGAAGAUGCGGAGGACGACGGGUGA